AUGUAUUGCAAUAUCAAUUCUAAGUGCAGAACACCUCAAUUCAAUGGUAUGAGAAGAAAUUUGAACCGUGCUUGCUCACCUCUACGUGACACUUCAUCUGUCAACUCUUUGGCAUGGAAGGCUGCAUUGGUUUUAAGGUCUUCUGUCUCCCUAAACAUGAAACAUGCCCAUUCGUUAUGGUUGAAUGGAAACCCUGCAAAUGAUCUUGUUGAGAUCAUUAACCAGAAUAGAACUGCUCAAAAACUUCCACAACUAAAUGACAGCCCUGGUCUUGGGUGCAUGGCCCUCCAGUAUGUUGAAUUAUGCAAGGGGAACUGCAGUGGCAACAGUGCUGUAAACUGUAAACCACCAGAUGAUGACUUCACUGAAGUUUUUGCUACCAAUUGUGGUGUAGAGCUGCCUACUUUUGGCACCAUUACUGGCCACAUUGUGGGUUGUCAAUCCAAAUAUAGGGAGCCAUCAUUAGCCUUUUCACACGUUCUUGUUAAAGACAAGAAAACCUUAUCUCUUCUGAGAAAUAAAUUGCGCAGUGCGGUGGGAGUUGGCUUGGUUGGGUUCCAUAAAGGUCCCUUCUUUUGGUGUAUUUUAUUUAGUAACGGUCGAACAAAUUCUACCUUUGUCCUUGAAGAUCACGGUCAAGGGAUCAAGCGGAAGAAAGGGUGCUAUAGUGGAAGUUCCUUUCCUUGCAAUGCUGGACAGAGAACUACCAUGUUUUUGAACUAUAUUAUUACUUUGAGUUAUUUAUUCAUUUCUGUGUUAAACCACAUUUGAUUCAUAUCACCAACUGUUCAAUGAAACGAUGCCUGGAGAUAGUGUAACUGAAAAUUAUACAUCCGCGUACAUUUUUCCCAAAUUUAUUCCCACUUUUCCCUUCUGUUUUUUAGCAUAAGUGUACCGUCUGAUAUCCUGAAUGAUUCCUUCUAUAUGUCAGUGAGCAUAAGCAUGUCAUAGGAUUGUAUUUUCUCUUCUGCAACUGGCAUUUGUGAAAUCCGUCCCAGCUUGACAUUAGGCUGGCUUGGACUCGUCAGUUA